AUGUCCUCGUCCUUCCUGGCCUCGUCCUUCCUGGCCUCGUCCUUCCUGGCCUCGUCCUUCCUGUCCUGCGUCGCCCUCUGUCUCGUUGGAUCCGUCCCCCCCGCCGUCCUCGCCCCGCCUCCCACCGAGCCGCCGCUGAUCCGCGACCACCCCUUCGUGGCCGUGUGGAACGCCCCCACCGACCGGUGUCGCCGGCUCCACAUCCCGCUGGACACCGCGGCCUUCCAGGCGGUCACCGCGCCCGCAGCCGGGCCCGGUCAGUUCCUCACCAUCUUCUACGAGGACCGCCUCGGCCUCUACCCCAAAGUCGACGCCGCCAAACGCAAGCUGUACAGAGGCGGGGUCCCCCAGAGGGGCAACCUGACGGAGCACCUGGCCGUGGCGCAGAGUCAAAUCGACCGCUCCAUCGCCCAGGACUCCUCUCCCGGUCUGGCUGUCAUCGAUUGGGAGUCCUGGCGCCCCCUGUGGGACCAGAACUGGGGGUCCAAACGCAUCUACAAGAAGCUGUCCAUCACUCACGCCUUGCAGAUGGCCCCGUUUUUGUCAUCCCAGAAGAUUUCCACGCUGGCAAAGAGCCAGUUCCAGCGCUCCGGGCGGCGCUUCAUGGAGAAGACCAUCAGCCUCGGCAUCGGCGAGCGUCCCAGCCGCCGCUGGGGCUUCUACUUGUUCCCCGACUGCUACAACUACGGCUGGGGGGAGCCCGGCUACACGGGGAGGUGCUCCCCGAAGACCCAGGAGCAGAACAACCAGAUGCUGUGGCUGUGGGAGCACAGCACCGCCCUCUUCCCCUCCGUCUACCUGCAGCACGACCUGAGGAACUCCCCCCAGGCCGCGCUCUACGUCCGCAACCGCGUCCAGGAGGCGCUGAGGGUCGCCGCGCUGCCCAAGCGCCCUUACACCAUGCCGGUCUACGUGUACUCCAGGCCUCUGUACCGGGACCAGACCCAGAGGUUCGAAACCAAGGCGGACCUGGUGAGCACCGUAGGGGAGUCGGCCGCUCUGGGAGCCUCGGGGGUCGUGAUGUGGGGAGGAACCAAAGACUAUGACGACAAGGCUGCCUGCGAGUCUCUCGCCGAGUACCUGACGUCCACCUUCAACCCGUACAUCGCCAACGUGACGGCGGCCGCCAUGCUCUGCAGCCAGGUCCUGUGCCAGGGGCGGGACUGCUGCGUCAGGAAGAGCUACGACUCCGCCCACUACCUGCACCUGAACCCCGCCCACUUCAGCAUCCUGCGGGCCCGGAAGAAGUACGUGGCGAUCGGUCUCCCGUCCGCCGCCGACCUGAACGUCUGAGCCGAGAACUUCACUUGUCAGUGCUACGCGGGCCGGAGCUGCUCGGCCGCCAUGAAGCUCAUCUGGGUUUAAUCCGGCAGGCGGUUUUCAGAACUGCACUUCCUGCCGAUCCACAGAUUCGUCACUGAGACUUCUGUCUGUCAUUUGAUGAACGUAACAUAGGUAACGUCUGUGUUUAUUUAAACGACAGAAGACACAUGUGGAAAGAUUAUAUGUUCUGCAAAUUACAUCAUUAAAUGUAAACACUGGUUUAUUCUAAUUAAAAAUCACAAGUCACCUAAUAAAUGCUUUUCUGA